GCGCUCCUUAUAAGCCUCGUGCCGCGCGCCGGGCGCCGCGGGCCCAACUCCAGGCGGUCCGGGCCGGGAUCCUUCUGCGUCCCCUCCUCCGAGACCCCCUCUGUCGGCGAGCCCGCGGCGCCCCUCGGCCUGGACAGCCCGUCGCACCCCGGUGACUGAUGCCCAGACUGGACGGCCACUUCUGGAGUUGUUCCUGUGCUCACGGCUCCAGGCACCGAGGCCACCCGACAGCCCGCGCCGGUGCGUUAGCGGCCAAAGUCGGGGACAUGGUCACCUCCUCCGCGUCCAGCCCCGCGCUGCGGGCGGCCGGCCGGGCCUCAGACCCCGAGCCGGCUGGCAGGCCUGGGAGCCGGGGCGUGGGGGGCCAGGCCACCCGCUGGCAUCACCACCUGCUGCAGAGGGGCCUGGUGCUCUUCUCCGUUGGGGUGGUCCUCGCCCUGGUGCUCAACCUGCUGCAGGUGCAAAGGAAUGUCACCCUGUUCCCCGAUGAGGUGAUCGCCACCGUCUUCUCCUCCGCCUGGUGGGUGCCUCCCUGCUGUGGGACCGCGGCUGCGGUCGUCGGCUUGCUCUACCCCUGCAUCGACAGCCACCUGGGCGAGCCCCACAAGUUUAAGCGGGAGUGGGCCAGCGUGAUGCGCUGCGUGGCAGUCUUCGUGGGCAUCAACCACGCCAGCGCCAAAUUGGAUUUUGCCAAUAACGUUCAGCUCUCCUUGACGUUAGCAGCCCUGUCCUUGGGCCUGUGGUGGACGUUUGACCGUUCGAGAAGCGGCCUCGGGCUGGGGAUCACCAUCGCCUUCCUCGCCACGCUGAUCACGCAGCUGCUGGUGUACAACGGGGUCUACCAGUACACGUCUCCAGACUUCCUCUACAUCCGCUCCUGGCUGCCCUGCAUAUUCUUCUCAGGCGGCGUGACCGUGGGGAACAUCGGGCGACAGCUGGCAAUGGGUGUCCCUGAGAAGCCACACAGCGACUGAGUCUUGCACCCGCUGCUCCUGAAGGGACAGCCAGACGUGGGUCAGAAACCCGAGCUCCAACUGCGACGGAGACACCUUCCCUCCACGACCUGCUUCGACGGGCCUGCCUGGCCCGCGACUCCGGGGACCCCCCCGCAGACCGGCAGGCGGGUGCAGGCCGGCUCGCCUGGAGACGCCGCCGCAGCUGCCCCGUGGACCCUGCAUCUCCGGCCGGGGCGGGCGGGCGGCGGGUCGCAGCUUCUAAGCGUUCGAUGCCAUCCACGUCACAAAGCGCAAGUUGCCACGUGUCAAAGCCUUGAACUAAAAGCGCCAGUCCCAGCUCCCAGGUCUGGGUCACGCCCACCGGGGAGAGCUUGACUGCGCUAAGGCCGGUGAGGUGCGAGAGAGAGGAUAUUUAUCCAGAAGAUUUCUAAAAGUCGAGUUGUGUCAGAAGAGAGUGGUAGCGUGUGCACUCUCACGGGCGCGCACACGUGGGUGCGGAGCUGAUGCGCUCCCACGGCGCCCAGUGCAGACAAUCUGAGAGCAGCGGGCGGCGGCAGGGCGGUUCCGCGCGGCGACGUGGCAAUGCGGUGACGAAGUUCGGGCCGCCCUGCGUUUCGGUCCUCGUAGGCCAGACGGUCGUGCCCGCGGCGCUCUGGCGCCGGGAGACGGUUCUCUCCCACAGCCCUGCAGGACUUGCGACUCGUGGUUGCCUUGCGGGCGGAGCGGGGGCGUCUCCAGGCUCCGCCCGCGGCGUCACUCAGCACAGCGCAGUCUGUGAACAGCACAGGCCACGGGAGACCCGGUUUGCAAGUACUGGGUCUUUAACUUCAAGUGCAAUGUGUACGAAAACCAAUCUGAGCCUUGUAUCCUCUUACAUAUUUAUUUUUUUCUAACGCGUGAGAUGUUAGAGAGGGUUCUCUGUCCAUUUCAGCACUGCAGGAGGCAGCAUUCAGCAAUAAUUUCUUUUAGGUGGGAAGUUCCUCUGUCGUGGCCUCCACUGAGCCCUGGUCCUUUGAAAUACUCCGAUUUUGUGGGUUUUAGUGAACAUGGAAUUUUUACUUACAAAUUUAUCUUCUUUUGUAUUUUGAAAUUGCGAUGUUUUCCGUUUAAAUUCUGUGAAAGCGGCUUGAUGAGAAGACCCCCCCCCGGGCGGAAGCUGGCUCUCGGGGGGGUUCCUGGGGGCGGCGGGUUUGUUGUCUGGAGGGAAAUCUUACCGUAGAUUCUACGUUUCCCUGGCCGAGUGGUUUUAGGGGAAUGUCGUUGACAGGAAGAUGGGGUUAUCCUGAACUUGGCAAUGACCCCGAGACAUUUUCUAAAAAGGAGUGAUUAGAACGUGCAAAGGUUUUUCAACACCAGUGUCGGCAUUCUGUGAAAAAACAGAAGUUAGUGGAAAGCUUUCGUCAGAUCUUUAAAUACACUUGAUGCACAAACAAGUAUUUCUUUUUUUCUUCAACUGGAAGUAAAUCUCUAUCUGUUAGAACAAACGCGGCCAGAAAAUGUGAGUCCGAACACUUUCUUGGCCAGUCCUUCGUGGCACGUUCAUGAACCAAAGUGACCCGAGUGUGAAGUGGUGUCAGCGGCGCGCGCGCCCCGAUGCUGCGGCCGGGGAGCUCCCCCCUCGCGCGCGGGUGUCCACGC